AGACCACUUGAAACGUAAAAGCAACAUACCCAGGCGAAGGCCCGAAAUGCUAUGUCAAGUGUAAACAUGACUCUUGAGGCACGAGAUCUGGAAUCUGGAAUCGGAUAUAUCAGUGAGAUAAUACUAAUGCAACGACUGAACUUUGUUAUUUUUCAUUUUUUUCUUAUAAAACUGUUACCAAGAUAUUUGUGACGUUUUUCUGAUUAAAAUGAUACCAAAUACGAUAUGGUUUGGACAAUUCUUAUUUAUAAUAGUAUUUCCUACAGUGUGAUUCUCUUGCUACGCAAGACAAAAGCCGUGCCGCAUAAUGGAACCCCUGCUGUUUGGAAAAUUGGAAAUGAUUUUUAUUACAUCUGAAAGUUAAAGGAGUAAAUUUAGGAAUCGGUUUAUAACUUAGAAACAUAAAAUAGGGAAAAAAUAUGUUAUUAUGACAGGGUUUCGAGUUUACUUAAUCCGUUUAUUACUCGAAGAGGUCAUCGUUUAUUACCCUUGUUGCUUUCAUUGGACUGGUACUACCUGUGUACCAUGCAAAUUCGGUACCUCCACGCGGACUAGGAGGUACCUUCGCGUUUGCAAAACGCAACCAAUCAGAAAAAUUACAAAUUUACCCCCGACGACGAAUUUCAACCAAUACAGGAAGUGGAAGUUUCUACACCGAAACCCCCACCACGAUUAGGAAGUUAUAUAUUUCUCAUCAAUACGGAGAAAGAUUAGUUGCCGUUUACACUGCAGUCACCAUGGAUUUUAGUAAGGCAGAAAUUCUCACCUUAAUUGAAGUGUACCGAUCCAAGAGUGUGUUGUGGGACCCCAAAAACUGCGAUUAUUUUAAUAAAUUAAAAAAAGAAGAUGCGUGGGAGGAAUUAAGCGCAGAAAUAGAAAAACCUAAAGCAAUAUGUAAAAAAAAAAUAGAAUACCUCCUCGCAGGUUUGAGGAGGGAAAAGUUGAAAAUGAAAAGAAGUGUUGGCACCGGAAAGGGAACACAAGAAGUAUAUAAAAGCCAAUGGUUUGCAUUCGAAAGUAUGCAAUUCCUAUGGGAUAAAAAUAAAUCUAGGAGGACAUUAAGUACGAUGGAAGAUGAAGUACAAAUCGUAAGUCCAGAGGCGGUAGAAGAUGAGGUGACAGAGCAGUCAUAUAUGGGGCAGAAUGUAGAGAUGCUUGGGGGAAGUUGUACAGUAUUAAUUUUAUUUCUGUAAGUCAUAAACCGAUUCCCAAAAUUCCUCUUUUAACUUGCAGAUGUAAUAAAAGUUGUACAGUACUAAUUGUAAGCGACGGACUCCUAUAGUAAAGAAACAGCAUGCAGCAAAUCGAAACUUCUCGCCUAUAGGAGUUUCUUUCAAGAAACGAAGAACUAUUGUCCGAGCCGUAGCCUGCCGUGGCAUGGAACGAGGCAACGCCUGCCUAUUCAAAAGGUUCGGAACGGUGAUACGAUACGGGCGUUGGAUA